AGCACGUGAUGCUGACUUCCUCCUGACCACAGAAUAAAGCGCCGCCGAAGCUGAUUUCAAAACCCUUGUGCGUUCUUCGUUCAAUCAUGUAUCCAUAUACAUGUUCCUUUGUUCACCAUGUCUCCUGACUGCACGUCCUUGAGCCAUUUAGAGCGCAUCAUAUAUUCAGCAUAACUGAGUGCUAAACAUUCUCAAUCUUAAUUACUACCGUACAAGACAAUGGCCUCUUCAGGUGUCUUGUCUCCGGGCAUUGUUUCCAUCCUUCGUCUCUUCGCCUUCGUUUCCUGCCUGAUACUCCCAGGCACCACCUGCGAUGAGACCGAAAACGAUCAAGGAGCCCUCCUCUGCUUCAUGUCCCAUCUCUCAGCUCCACCCGGGCUUGCGGCCUCAUGGAGCAACGCCUCCGCCUCCGUGGAGUUCUGCGAAUGGCAAGGGGUCACCUGCAGCAUGCUAUCCCCCCGCCGUGUCAUCGCGGUAGACCUUGCCUCGCAAGGCAUCACGGGCUCCAUAUCGCCUUGCAUCGCCAACCUUACCUCUCUUACAACGCUCCAGCUGUUCAACAACAGCUUGCAAGGCGGCAUACCGUCCGAGCUCGGCUCCCUGAGCCGACUCAUCAGCCUCAACCUCAGCUCCAACUCUUUAGAAGGUAACAUCCCACCUCAGCUCUCCUCAUGCUCCAGCCUUGAGAUGCUUGGCCUAUCGAAGAAUUCCAUCCAAGGUGUGAUACCACCUAGCUUAAGCCAAUGUACUCGUCUUAAAGAGAUUAACCUCGGCGACAACAAGCUCCAUGGGAGCAUCCCUUCUGCUUUUGGUGAUCUCCCUGAGCUACAAACACUAGUCCUCGCUAACAACAAGCUUACUGGCGACAUACCACCGUCUUUGGGAAGUAGCCCUUCUCUCAGAUAUGUUGAUCUCGGUUUCAAUUCUCUCAUUGGGAGGAUCCCAGAGUCCUUGGCAAACAGUUCCUCCCUUGAAGUACUUAGGCUCAUGGAAAAUACCCUAGGUGGAGAACUCCCAAAAGGUCUCUUCAACACCUCAUCACUUACUGCCAUCUGCCUCCAGGAAAACAACUUUGUUGGUUCUAUACCGUCAGUUACUGCCGUCUUUGCCCCUGUUGAAUUUCUACAUUUAGGAGGUAACAGUCUCUCAGGAACAAUACCUUCCUCUCUAGGGAACCUUUCCUCUCUAAUUGAUCUUUAUCUUACACGGAACAAGUUAUCUGGGAGGAUCCCAGAGAGCUUAGGCCAUUUUCCUAAAGUACAGGUACUGAACUUGAAUUACAACAACUUCUCCGGGCCAGUUCCACCGUCUGUUUUCAACAUGUCAACUCUAACAUUUCUUGCCAUGGCAAAUAACUCAUUGGUUGGGAGAUUACCAACCAACAUAGGCUACACACUUCCAAAUAUCGAGGACUUAAUCCUCUCAGGAAACAAGUUUGAUGGUCCAAUUCCAACUUCUCUUCUCCACACUUACCACCUAAGCAGGCUUUACCUGCAUUCCAACAGUCUAGCUGGUUCCAUACCAUUCUUCGGGUCAUUGCCAAAUCUGGAAGAACUUGAUUUGACAAAUAACAAGCUAGAAGCAGGCGACUGGGGCUUUAUCUCUUCACUCUCGCGUUGCUCCAGAUUGAAUAAAUUGAUACUCGGUGGAAACAAUCUGCAGGGUGAAUUGCCAAGUUCUAUCGGCAAUCUUUCCGGUAGCCUUGAGUUUUUGUGGCUAAGAAACAACAAUAUUUCUGGCCCUAUACCACCAGAGAUAGGCAAUCUGAAAAAUCUCACCGUGGUGUACAUGGAUUACAAUCUUUUCACGGGUAAUAUACCACAAACAUUCGGACAUUUGCGCAGCCUUGUUGUCCUAAACUUUGCACGAAACAGACUUUCAGGACAAAUUCCAGAUGUUAUUGGCAACCUCAUUCAGUUGACUGACAUUAAAUUGGAUGGGAACAAUUUUAGUGGAAGCAUACCUGCAAGUAUAGGACGCUGUACUCAACUCCAAAUACUCAACCUUGCUCACAAUUCACUGGAUGGGAGUAUACCAAGUAAAAUUUUAGUUCCCUCGCUUUCGGAAGAGUUGGACUUGUCACACAAUUACUUGUUUGGGGGGAUCCCAGAGGAAGUUGGCAAUCUCAUUCAUCUACAGAAAUUUAGCAUCUCAAACAACAGAUUGUCCGGCAACAUCCCACCCCCUCUCGGCCGGUGUAUGUCCCUGAAGUUUCUUCAGAUUCAAAGCAACUUCUUUGUAGGAAGCAUUCCUCAAACCUUCGUGAACUUAAUAGGCAUCGAACAGAUGGAUGUUUCUCAGAACAAUUUGUCCGGGAAAAUCCCAGAGUUCCUCACAUCCUUGAGUUCUCUGCAUGAUCUCAAUUUAUCCUUCAACAAUUUUGAUGGAGAAGUUCCGAGAGGUGGUGUUUUUGACAAUGUUGGCAUGGUGUCAGUUGAAGGAAAUGAUGAUUUGUGUACUAAGGUUGCAAUUGGAGGUAUUCCUUUCUGUUCAGCAUUGGUGGAUAGGAAAAGGAAGUACAAGUCCUUGGUUCUUGUCCUACAAAUAGUAAUACCAUUGGCUGCUGUUGUUAUAAUCACUUUGUGUCUUGUGACAAUGCUUCGGAGAAGGAGAAUCCAAGCAAAGCCACAUUCGCAUCAUUUCAGUGGACACAUGAAGAUAUCAUAUUUAGACAUUGUAAGGGCAACAGAUGGGUUCUCUCCUGAAAAUUUGAUUGGCUCAGGAUCUUUUGGAACGGUUUAUAAGGGCAGUCUGAAGUUUCAGCAAGACCAAGUUGCCAUCAAGAUUUUUAAGCCUGACGUUUAUGGAGCACAAAGGAGCUUCGCUGCGGAGUGUGAAACCCUUCGAAAUGUCCGUCAUCGAAAUGUUGUAAAAAUCAUUACUUCAUGUUCUUCGGUGGAUUCAACUGGCGCAAAUUUCAAGGCUCUAGCAUUUCAAUACAUGCCGAAUGGGAACCUUGAAAUGUGGCUACAUCCAAAGACCGGUCAUAAUAAUGAAAGAAAUUCUUUGACUUUAAGCCAAAGAAUUAAUAUAGCUUUGGAUAUAGCAUUUGCUUUGGAUUAUCUUCAUAACCAAUGUGAACCACCACUGAUUCAUUGUGACUUGAAUCCACGCAACAUUCUUUUGGAUCUUGACAUGGUUGCAUACGUCAACGACUUCGGCCUGGCAAGAUUUCUCCUCACUACAUCAGAUAUAUAUCAGGACAGCCCAACAAGUUUGGCCGGCUUAAAAGGGUCCAUAGGAUACAUCCCACCAGAGUAUGGCAUGAGCGAAAAUGUAUCAACCAUGGGUGACGUCUAUAGUUUUGGAAUGCUUCUAUUAGAACUGAUGACAGGGUGUAGUCCAACCAAUGAAAAAUUUAAUGAUGGUAUAGUCCUUCGUGAGUUUGUUGAUAGAGCAUUUCCAAAGAAUAUUCCUGAGGUUGUUGAUCCCAAAAUGAUAGAGGAUGACAACAAUGCAACCGGCAUGAUGGAGAAUUGUGUCUUCCCAUUGCUUAGAAUAGGCCUCUGUUGCUCCAAGACCUCACCCAAAGAGCGGCCCGAAAUGGGACAAAUUUCAAACGAGAUCCUUAGAAUCAAGCAUGCUGCCUCAAAGUCGAAGCAAAAGUUGGCAGGAGAACUGAAAGUGGCAGCAGCUCAAGGAGAGAAGAAUACUGUAACAGCGGUUUAAGAUGUCUACCAUUUCAACUCAGUUUGAUGACAUUUGCACAAAGUAAAACAGAUUUGGGUGUUAACAUUCCGCGUCAUUAUUCACUUAAGAUUUGAGGGAAUUUCAUUUUUUUUUACACCUUAGUUGUGCAUUUGUGACACUACUUACCCCUUUUAGCAAAAAUCUUUUAGUUUACCCCAUUUAGUGAAACUUGUACCUAUUUUUACCCCAUUUAAGCAUUUGACCUGAUCUGACGGGUCGGUCUUGCUUGUCAGGCAUA